CCCGCUUCAUUCCUGCGUUGUUUAGGAACACUAGGAAGAUGGCGGCGGCCCCGCUGUACUGUGUCUGCCGGCAGCCCUACGAUGUAAGCCGGUUUAUGAUCGAGUGCGACAUCUGUAAAGACUGGUUUCACGGCAGCUGUGUGCAGGUAGAAGAGCAUCAUGCUGUGGAUAUCGAUGUUUACCACUGUCCCAACUGUGAUGUCGUACACGGACCCUCCCAGAUGAAAAAGCGCAACAAUGGCCACAGGCACGACUAUACAGAGCCAGACGAUGGAUCGAAGCCGGUGCAGGCUGGCACUCGAGUGUUUGUCCAGGAGCUCCAGAACAGGACCUUCGCCAGUGGUGAGGAGAUCAUGAUGCACAUGAAGGGCGAGCAGGUGACAACCAGGUACCUGGAGAGGCACGGCUUCAACUACCCCAUAGCGGUCACAGAGAUGGAGGGCCUGGGACUCAAACUACCAGUCUCUACUUUCUCUGUCAAAGAUGUGGAGCAGUAUGUCGGUGGCGACAAAAUCAUCGAUGUGAUAGAUGUGGCACGGCAGGCGGACAGCAAGAUGAAGCUCAGCGAGUUUAUCAAGUAUUACACCAACCCACAUCGACCCAAAGUCCUCAACCUCAUCAGCCUGGAGUUCUCUGACACUAAGAUGUCAGAGUUGGUGGAGGUUCCUGACGUGGCUCGUAAGAUGUCCUGGGUAGAGAACUACUGGCCGGACGACUCCUUCUUCCCCAAGCCCUUUGUCCAGAAGUACUGCCUUAUGGGGGUUAAGGACAGCUACACAGAUUUCCACAUAGACUUCGGAGGAACCUCUGUCUGGUACCAUGUUCUCUGGGGUGAGAAGAUCUUCUACUUGAUCAAGCCCACUCCCGCCAACCUUGCACUAUAUGAGGUAUGGAGCUCCUCGCCCAAUCAGAGCGAAUUGUUCUUUGGGGACAAAGUGGAGAAGUGCUACAAGUGUGUUGUGCCCCAAGGAACCACCCUGCUCAUCCCUACAGGCUGGAUCCAUGCUGUUCUCACCUCUCAGGAUUGCAUGGCAUUUGGAGGGAACUUCCUUCACAACCUCAAUAUUGGCAUGCAGCUCAGGUGUUAUGAAAUGGAGCGCCGCCUGAAAACCCCAGACCUCUUUAAGUUUCCGUACUUCGAGGCCAUCUGUUGGUAUGUGGCCAAGAACCUCUUGGAAACGCUAAAAGAGCUACGAGAGGACAACUGUCCACCACCAACCUACCUAGUGGAGGGAGUCAAGGCUUUAAUCAGUGCACUGAGGACCUGGUUGAAAAGAGAGGUGACUGAGCCCACCAGUGAAGUACCAGACCAUAUCAGGCCUAAUCAUCUCAUUAAAGAGCUGACCAAGGAAAUCCGCUACCUGGAGGAGGAACCAGUCAGUGGUAGCAAGCCAGUGAAGUCUCAGGGAAGUGGGUGUGGAUUUCCAUCUGGAUCAAAUGCCUGCCCGGCUACUCGUGCUACGCUGGAGAAGCUGUCCCAGGCCCGCCAGGCGAGAAGGGCCGCCAGGCGGCUGAGGGAGCAGCAGCGGCAGACCCCUAAAGUGCCCUCCAACUUGGACAUCUUAGAGCAGCACACCCGGGAGGUGCUAAGGAGGCUGGAGGUGGGGCCGCUCGAGGAGGAUGCGGCGUUCUGUGCCAAGGUUCGCGGGAAGCUCAACAAAGUGUCAACUGCAUCCGCAGCUGCAGAGACUUUAGAGGAGAACCACCUACGGCUAAUGCUGGUCAACGGCAGAAUUAUCAGAGAUAUGAGGCGGCCAGGCAGCAGCCCGGUAAAGACGGAGGGUGAGCGGUCAUCUCUUGGCCCACCAAAGAGUUGUGUGGACGUCAAGUCGGAGAGGACGCGGCACAGUCAAGAGCAGCACAGCACAGUUGAGAAACUCACACUCUUCAGUGGUCUGGAGAGGGUGAAGACUGAACUCAGGGAAGAAGUCUCAGGACACGCCAGUGUGUCAGACGUGGAUUUAGACAGUGACUCUCCCACAGAGCGUAAAGCAUCAUUGUCGUCAUCGUCGUCGUCGUCGUCGUCCUCUUCUGACGAGGAUUCAGGGAGUUCGCAGGAGGAAGAGGAGGACGAGGAGAAGAAGGGCUUAUAUCAGCAGAGAGGCUCAGGGCACACCAUAGAGCUGGACCAGUCUGGCCAGAAACUCAGGCACAAACACAAACCACUCAAACGAGAACGUCCUACCUCACCCAGCACAGAAGAGGCCAUUCAGGGGAUGCUAUCUAUGGCUGGUCUGCUGUGCUCCUCCAAGCCGGAGAAGGUAGCCUCGUCCCAGGAGCCCUGGUGGUCCAGCUCCAGCCAGUGCUCGCCACUGGAGCAGAGGGAGGAGGCGCAGCACCAGCACCGACUGCAGGGGGACAAGAGCCCGAUGGACAGCCAGGGCAACAGCAGCGAGGCCUGGGACAAUCAGGGGCUCCCUAGCCCUCUCAGCCGAAGCCACGGCAGCAGCCCAGAGACAGACUACCAGUACUGUGACCCCUCAAUGUCUCCACCCCACCCCUCCAAGAGGCACGCCCCCAACCCCCCACCUAUCAGCAAUCAGGCCACGAAAGGCAAGCGGCCCAAAAAAGGAAUGGCCACAGCCAAGCAGAGACUGGGGAAGAUCCUAAAACUCAACAGACAUAAUCGCGUCUUUGUGUAACACUCCAAAUCUUCAAAAGCAAAAUGAUGCAUGGGGACAUUUUCUUGAAGACAAAAAAAAAGGAAACAUUGGCGUAUUUGUUACGCCAAUGACACUUUUUGUGCUGUGGAAAUGGAGAAAGAGAAAAAAAAAACGAACACACUGCCUGGAGACUAACUGAUUGAAUCUUGACACGUAAAACACGCUCACUGUGCAUGCUUAGGAGACAGGGUAUUGGAUAUGAAAUGAGCAAGUGCACGACUUCACCACACAAGCACACUAAGAACAAAAACAGAAAGGAGCUACAGGAAGCAGAGAGGGACAAGCAUGUCAUAAAAUGUUCUGCUGCAGGGAAAGGUGGAUUGAAGCUCCUGCGGGCAUUCAAAUGGACAAAGGAGAUGUAGGAGGUAUACCAAACAAACAACAAAAUGACUUGCUUUGCUGGGAAGCAGCUUCCGAUGCCAAGAUCAUCUGCAUCACAUCUUGAUAUUUACUCUCUCUGCUGAACGAACCCCCCCCGCACAACAUUCACUUGCUUCAUGUCUAUCUGAGACAAACUGAACAUGAUGGAGGAGCAGAUGCAACUGAGCUGUACAUCUCGAGCAGGGUCUUUUUCCCCCUCUGGCUCGGAAGAUGGAGACGAGGUGCUAAGGAGGAUGCGGUGAACUGAAAUUUCAAAAUGGUGCUUAUUGUUUGUACUUUUCUCCACUCAUGCUUGUCCCUUCCAAGCCCUCAUUCCCCCCCCUUUAUCUUAAUCACACCAGCAAUAAUGACUUUGAGGAGAGAAGAAACGGUGAGAGGCAGCACUUUGGUCCAUUAUUCCCCAAUUCUUCUAUUUGUAAAAAAAAAAAACUAAAUAUGUGCAUUUCAGAAUUGCACAAUUUAGUGCAAAAAAAACCUCUCAAAUCUGCACUAUGUUUAAUAAUUAGAGGGGAGUCUGUGUCUGAGUGAUAAUGGCUAAAGGCAAGCUGCUCAAAGUGCUGCCCCUCUGAAUUUGUUCAAAAUAGGAAUUACGAGUCAUUCGCUCGGUCUAAAAAAACGAUGACAAAUGACUCGCCUGAUAUCCUGCUUAAUUUAUUUCUUGUUUUAUCUGUUGAUUUUUUUUUUUUGUGUUAUUUGUAUGGAUUCUGAAUGAUGUAUUUAUUAAUUGAAAGAUAAUGAUUUUAUUAUAUUUUUACCAUAAAGCCUCAGCUAAUCUAAGGUUUUUUUUUUUUUUUCCUUUUGAUAGGGUUAAUUUUUCUUUUUUUAUCUUUAACGCAUACUUUUUGUAAAUGUGGAUGUUUUUAGAGUUCAUGUGAUCAUCAUUCGUCGAGAACUAAUUUACCUACAGCUCUUUUAUUACCUUCUAUUCUGUCACAACUUUUUAAGCCCCGCUACCCCAGUGAAUAGAUCCUGUGUUGAUUCUUGUCUGUUCUGGUUUCCUCUUCUCCCUACAGUAGCCAGAGGUGUUGGGGCUAUGAGUGAAUGGAAACUAGGUUAGGUUGGGAAAUGUCCGCUUCCAUAUCUACACCUGAGCUUUUUCAACUAGUGCCAGUUACCUUCAAUUAUUUCAAGUAUUCUGAGCCACUGUGGUCGAUCCAUUCAGAAGAAGUGAACGUUUGUAGAACUUCAAUGGGAUGAGUGAGGUUUUUCCGCUUUUUUUUUGUUUGUUUUUUAAGAAUACCAGAUGUGGGUUUUGCUUGGGAUGCGCAGUUCUUCACUCUCAGGGAAUGAUGCCAUGGACAUAACCUUUGAUUAACCACCAGCCACAACAUGGAUGCAGACAGGAUGCUCUCAGCACUCACUCGAGACUUUACAGAUUCACCUCCCGCUUUGGAGAUGCUGAGGUUUGUUAGUAUUUUUUACUGCUCAAAAAAUGAUUUCAUGGUCGUGGUUUUCAAGUUGAAAUAAGCUGUGCUUUAACCAGUCAGUCAUUGUACCUUUUACAAAUUCUGUUAACAUGAACUUGGUAUUGUCCCCCCCAUUGCUUUCUUAUUUUCUUAAAGUGCUCAUAUUAUGCUCAUUUUCAGGUUCAUAGUUGUAUUUAGAGGUUA